AUGCCUUCUGGAUACUCCUCCCGCGAAGACCCCGGCCAGAUCAAGAAAAACAAACAAUCUAUGGCGGAUCUCAAACUGCGACGUCUCACCGAGCUGAACACCCGUCUGCGAGAGGAUCUGGAGAGAGAACGCAUUCCAGUCUCACAAGCGUCUAAGAGUAUCAUCUCCUACACGAACAGCACGAAGGACUUCAUGGUCCCAUCGGCUUGGGGAUCGGUUGAUAAGAAGGACGAUCCAUACGCACCACAACAAUCCGGAGGCUGCUGUAUAGUCAUUCAUGGCGGAUCCAGGAAGCGCCUCGUCGCAUAUGCGGUACCCUCGAGUCUCCAUCGAGUUUUGCACACAAUGCAAAUGGCUUUUAAGUUUGCUCAGGAAUUGCUGUCGACGUUCUCGACCUCCCUGGGCGAGGUGGCCUUGCAGCCUUCCAGCGGAGGGACCUUCAUUGUCCAUCUCCUGACGGAGAAUUCGAGUGACGUUAAUGGACUCCCCGCUACUAUCACCACGCAUGUCAUUUGGGAUCGGAAGGCUGAGGGUCAAUUCCCUGAGACGAAAGAGCUGAAGCGCCGAGUAAGAGAUAUCAUAGACCCCAAGCGAGACUUAGGCCAUGUCGACGGAAAGAAGAGCACUCCCAAACCAGAACCGACCAGCACCCAGCCCAUCUCAACUACUUCCCAAGAUCCGUUACCUCAAAACACCAACACCGGCACCCCAGUUCCCCACGCCAUCAACCACCUUCAAGCCUUAGAGGGCCCUAAUGAACGAAAGUUCACGCCCAUGGAUGUGGACGUCAGCUCGCGGCCGUCUUCCAGCCAGGGCCAGGAUGGGGGUGGUGGGGAGAUGGUGGAUGCCACGGUGAAGGCGGAGGUUAGUGAUGAGAAUAGUGGAGGAGGGUAUUGCAAGCCUGGGGAGGAUUGUGAGGAUUGUGCGUAG